UGAGUUAGAAAACCUAAGCCAAGCCCUAGAAGUUGCCCUUAAGUAUCUAGCCAUUGACGGCCGGAUUAUUGUCAUCAGUUAUCAUUCUCUAGAAGACCGAAUUGUCAAGCAAAUAUUUCGAAAACAUUCUGGACUCAACUUCCAAAUUAUUACUAAAAAACCUUUAACUCCCGCACCUCAAGAAGUCCAGGAAAAUCACCGGUCUCGGAGUGCCAAAAUGCGGAUAAGAAAGGCAUUAGGUUUCAAAAGCAUGAAAGCGUUUCUUACUCACACCAAAAAAGCCCAGGCUUUACAAAAAAAAAUGGAAAAAGAAGGAAUUAUGGGAGUAAUGAAUGACCCUCAAUUGCGAAAACAAAUGGAGGAAUUACAAAAAAGAUCUGGAGGACAGUCUAAAUAA